UCUCCUGGGGCUUCUCUGCCCGCUCGGAGAAGCUCGCCCCGGGCGGCGGCCACGGCUGCCUUCUCUCUUCCCAGGAGAGGAGCGUGCGCCUCCGCAGGUGGUACGAGCUGAUGCUGGAGAACAAGGACGAGCUGGCGAGGAUCAUAACGGCCGAGAACGGGAAGCCUCUGAAAGAAGCACAGGGUGAAAUCCUGUAUUCUGCCUCGUUUCUGGAGUGGUUUGCAGAGGAAGCUCGCCGGGUUUAUGGUGAUGUCGUUCCAGCAUCUGCAAAAGACAGAAGAAUCCUGGUGCUGAAGCAGCCAGUGGGAGUGGCAGCCAUUAUAACCCCAUGGAAUUUCCCCAGCGCUAUGAUUACCCGGAAGGUUGGUGCAGCUCUGGCAGCUGGCUGUACGGUGGUAGUGAAACCUGCAGAAGACACACCUUUAUCUGCAUUAGCUCUUGGGGAGCUUGCAAACCAGGCUGGAAUUCCAGCAGGAGUGUAUAAUGUUGUUCCUUGUUCCAGACAACAGACAGCAGCUGUAGGGGAAGUUCUGUGCACUGAUCCAUUGGUAGCCAAAAUAUCUUUUACUGGCUCUACAGCAACAGGAAAGAUACUGCUGAAACAUGCAGCUGGCACUGUGAAGCGAGUUUCCAUGGAGCUUGGAGGACAUGCUCCUUUUAUAGUGUUUGACAGUGCCAAUGUGGACCAUGCUGUUGCAGGAGCCCUUGCUUCUAAGUAUAGAAACUCAGGGCAGACCUGUGUUUGCACAAACCGUUUCCUGGUGCAAAAAGGAAUCCAUGACAAAUUUGUGGAAAAGUUUGCUAAAGCUAUAGAGAGUGAGCUACAUGUCGGAAAUGGAUUUGAUGCAAAAACUACCCAAGGGCCACUAAUUAAUGAAAAAGCAGUGGAAAAGGUAGAGAGACACAUUAACGAUGCAGUUUCUCAAGGAGCAUCUAUUGUGACUGGAGGGAAACGACACAGCUUGGGGAAGAAUUUCUUUGAGCCAACAUUACUUAGUAAUGUUACAACAAAAAUGCUUUGCACCCAAGAGGAGACAUUUGGCCCUUUAGCACCAGUUAUCAAAUUUGAAACUGAAGCAGAAGCUAUUGCUAUAGCAAACGCAGCUAAUGUGGGUUUAGCAGGGUAUUUUUACUCCCAAGACCCAGCCCAGAUCUGGAGAGUUGCAGAACAGCUGGAAGUUGGAAUGGUUGGUGUUAAUGAAGGCAUAAUCUCCUCAGUGGAAGGUCCUUUUGGUGGGGUGAAAGAGUCUGGCUUAGGGCGAGAAGGUUCAAAAUAUGGCAUUGAUGAAUACUUAGAAAUGAAAUAUGUCUGCUUUGGAGGCUUAUAAAAAUCUUCAAAAAUCAUAACUCCCAACAGCUUGGAAAACAGUGCUGUAAUUUUAAUAAGCUUCUUGAACCAGAUGUAUAUAUGAAUGCAACUUCUACCUUCUUUAAAACUAAGCAACCCUGUUCUGUAUGUGUAGCUACUUAACAGUAUUCUGUGGUGCCAUAUGUUUUUACAUGUUCUUUAUUUCUACAUCCAGUUUUUCAGCAAUGUGAUCAUAAUUUUAGUAAGGAGGAGGGAAGAAUGCCCAUUUAUUUUUCUUGGAUUAAUCCUGCAUAACUGAGAGGACUUGUGCAUAAGAAAAUAGAUCAUAACCCAUGGCAAGGGGAAACUACAUCACUCUUCUGCACUGCCUCUAAUGUUUCAGUGUGGAUGUGGGAGGAUUUGGGGGUGGCAGUCUCCUGUUAGAAUUUUGCGUAAAUAUUUGCAUUUUCUAAUACGGUUAUGUGACAUCCUUUGAGAAGCAGGUACGUCUCUUUAAGUGUGGGAGAAGCUGAUGUGGCUUAUGAAAUGCGAAGCAUUGCUUUUAGCUACAGCUAGGCAUCUGUGCUUGUUCCUGCUCGCUGCAGAGCUGCCAGCUAUUCAGCUCUUGAGCUUCCAAGCAAAGAGCUGUAAUUUGUGCCUAACACACCUGGGAUCAAAUAUGGCCCUUGUAUAAUGCUUGUGAGCCCCAGCAGUCCUGGGAACAGGACAGUCCAGGACAAGGAGUUGCUGGCUUAGUGAGUAGUAGGAGGAAGAUGGGAUGCUUACUUGAAGGAAUUAACUUGUGGAAUUGUAAUGAGACACUACAAGGGCUGUUUCAAGGAAGCACAAGUGGCAACAUAAUGAUACAAAUAAACUUCCUUCUGUGAAAAGAAUGUGACUUUCCUUGGGUAGAAGUACAGUCAGUAAUGUAAAUGUUGCUCAAUGUCUAAAGAAACAUUACUCAGCACCUCCAAAGAACAGGAGCAGAUAGAUGGUUCCAUUCCUAUGGGCUUUGUGCCUUGUGGUUAACACAGGUGAAUGUCCAUUAGGGAGGAAGGUUUAAGAACCUCUGAACUUGGCUAACUUGUGACCUAAUAAAGAUUUAAAUAGACAUGAUUAGAGGUGAGACUCCACAUGUCAACUCACUAUUGUCAUCCUCAAAAGAUGAUGUCAAGCUUCCUUAAUAUGAAACAAACAAUGCUGUUCAAACGUUAUUUUAAUGGCAGUCAAAAGCAGCACUUUAAAAAAUGUGCAAUGCUAAUCUGGUAAAUAAAUCAACACUAGAGGCUAAGGGGAAUAAAUUUUUUUUUCCUGUGUUAACUUUAUUUGGUGGGGCUUUACCCAUUAGUUAUUAAAAAUAAAAGGCAGCAACCAAGCUCUUCUUCGUAUACGCUAAUGAAUGUACCCUAUGAAACAGGCUGUUUUAUCCAAUCAGGCAAAGAGGUACCAGGUAACACAAGACUGGGGUUGGGUGAGGAGGCAGGGAAGCAAGCCAGAACUGAGUUUCAUUGGAGUUUUUUUAAACGCACAUAAGGUAGCAUCGAUUGCUACUUAUUUCUAAAUAUUUUUUAUUAUUAUAUUUAACACUUGUCUCAAGGCAGAUUUGCAGCACAUUAUCUGUCAUUAGAGUAUGUGUGCAUCAUGCCAAUGGAAGGGCAGUUAAAGGACACUUACUGCCUUUCCAACACUUUCUGAUGCACCAAAAAUGCACAUUUAAGAUAGUGAGGACUUAUUGCAGCUAUCAUUUGCAGCAUAAGUGCUUGUUAUCAAGAGCAAAAUUAGGGUGGCCUAUUACUACACUAGUUGCAGGAAACUUUCUUAUAGCUAACUUACUGACUUACGCUAUUGAGUGCACAGGCUGCCAGAAUUUGGGGAAUACAGCAGCAUGGAAGAAGCAGCUGUUUGAAAGAGUAACUAGUUAGAAGGUGGUUAUAACCUGGUGCCUGGUUACCACAAUGCAGUGAUACAGGCACACUGGCAGGUAUUGUACACGGGUAAAAUAUCUGCCACUGGAAUUGCACAGACUUAAAAUAUGUCUGCUUGUGAACUGCAGUAUAAGGUCCAAAUUAAAGUUACCUCAUUUACUGCUGUAUGACAGUGCAGUCUUGAAUAUGGGUGUAUGUCUUGGAACAAUGCAGUUGAAAGAUAAAUCCUUUAAUCUGCUGCUUUAUUCUUUGCAAACUCACUGAUCUGCUCCAUUUGUGCAUUUAAAAUCUUGGUAGUCUUCUGAGAAUAACACUUAAAAUUGAGUAAAUGUUUACUUUUUUCCUGGCAAACAAUACCUUUCACUAUGACUGAUAACAAGCACAACCCCUAAUUACAAAUAAGGUAUAUAAUAAGCUGUAAGAAUACCUUUUUCUAGAUUGGAUUGUGGUUAGAUUCCAGCAUAGUAUCCUUGUGUCAGUAACAUCAACAUCAGUUAAGCACAAAAUAAUCUUAAAAAUUGUUUCAUAGAAAAAGCUGUGAUUCUUCAACAAAAGAUAUACUUGAAUUCUCACACCUCAGUUAUGUUGAUUACAGUUGUGAUAGUUUAGCAAUUUCUGGAUAUUAAAACUGUGAUGGAAAAAUGUUUUCAAUUAAUAAAUAACUUGUG